CGACACCGAUGAGCCAGAGCCGAAGCGGGCGCAUGCACAACGGAAUAAAAAGGUCCUGCUGGCCUGCCGAACCGAAGCCAGUGCCGAACUGAAAACCUUCCCCCCCCCCCCCCCGAAAGCGACCGUGUGCUGUACCGGAAUGCUGUGUUGGCGCGCGCCGAACCGACCAAACCAGCACACACAGCGCUACGAGGCAAGGACUCCGAGCAACGCACACAGCCAAACGCUCACGAGCGGGCACGAGCGGACGGCUCCGGUUCCAGGUUGACGCAGUCCGAGCUCGGCAGGCAUAAUUUAGUUAGCAUACGGCGGUCGGUAUGCAAUGAAAGUUCGUCCCUGAGGCCGGUUUUCCCGGACGCGGUUGCUCUAGGCGCGCACACACACGGGGCUUUUGGUGGUGUUCGACGGUUUUCGUGUUGUUGGUGCGUGGUUUUCCGCCUCGUUUGUGUUGCCCGCCCGUCCACCAGUAGUGUGGCCCCAGCACACUGUCCACGGUGCGUACGUGCGUGUGUUUGUGUGAGGUGUAGAUGGGGGUUCGCUUAGCGGGGUGCGUGCAAGCUGCCAGGAUAUCGCUAGCGGGGGGCCAUCAGGUGUGUGUGUGUCGGAAGUGGACGCAGGAAUUCUAACGCGCGCGGCAGGCCACCGUUACGUGUGCGGGAACUUCCAAUUUGCGGGAAUCCCCUGCCCAGAGGGUUGUUUGAGGGGAAACACGAGAGUGUCCCCCACUGUAGAGACAGAUAAGCAGGUGAGUGUAUAGCAGGGUGCGUUAAAAAAAAAGGGCUGAGAAGGACAUUAGGGUUUAGGUAGGUGCAGGUGGUGUUGUGAGUGAGUGAAGUGUGCGCGCCGGAAAUCAUUUCGAAACAGCAAACAACAUCCUCAGCAAUACAACAAUCAAACAAACUCAAAAAAAAACCUCUGUUUGCGAAACGCGCCAAGUCUGCCAAGUCAACUCACAGGGCCUCUGGCGAAAACAGCUUCCAGCGCCACGACACUAAACGAGCGCUCCUGUUACCAGGCGACGAACCUUUUGUUUUUGCGGCGGCGGCGGCAGCAGCAGCGCAAGCUUAAGAUGACUAGCGACGCGUAUCGGACAUUCGGCAGCAGAGCGCUACAGGAACGGUUCGGUUAGGCUGGUUUGCCAUUCAUUCAUCUUCCCGCUGCGCCACGCCGUGCUGAUGACGAUGCUGCGGGCGCUGAACGGUCGGCGGACGACGAGGUCGCGGCUAGCGGCCGUCACCGCGUCACCGUACCCGAUCUUCUACCUGUUUCUGCUGCUGCGGGUUGGCGGCGGGGCGAAGGUGUCACCGGCGGCCGGCAGUGGCAGCCGCCAGCUCGAGCAGCGCUUCGCGAUGGAGCCGCAGGACCAGACCGCUAUCGUCGGGUCGCGCGUCACCCUGCCCUGCCGGGUGGUGAACAAGUCCGGCCAGCUGCAGUGGACCAAGGACGAUUUCGGGCUCGGGACGCACCGGAACCUGAGCGGCUUCGAGCGGUACACGAUGGUGGGCAGCGACGAGGAGGGCGACUUUUCGCUCGACAUCUCGCCCGUAAUGCUGGACGACGAUGCCAAGUACCAGUGUCAGGUGGGACCGGGCCGGGGCGGAACUCCGGGCAUUCGGUCGCGCUUUGCCAAGCUGACCGUGCUGGUGCCGCCGGAAGCGCCCAAGAUUGUGCAGGGCGACUUCAUGGUCACGACCGAGGAUCGGGAGAUUGAGCUCGAGUGUGUGUCGGUCGGCGGGAAGCCGGCGGCCGAAAUUACCUGGAUCGACGGGCUCGGCACGGUGCUGACCAGGGGCAUCGAGUACAUGAAGGAGCCGCUGCGCGACGCCCGCCGCUACACCGCCAAAUCGAUCCUGAAGCUGACGCCGAAGAAGGAGCACCACAACACGACGUUCACCUGCCAGGCGCAGAACACGGCCGACCGGACGUACCGGUCGGUGCGGCUCAAGCUGGAGGUGAAGUACGCGCCGAAGGUGAAGAUUGCCGUGAUCGGGGGCGCCCUGAACGGGGGCCGCAUACUCGAGGGCACGGAGGUGCGGCUGUCGUGCCGGGCGGACGCUAACCCGCCCGACGUUACGUAUCGCUGGUUCGUGGGCGAGGAGCUGUCGGACGGCAGUCACGCAUCCGAGUUGCUGAUAGCGAACAUCUCGCGCAAGUACCACGGCACCACGGUCCGGUGCGAGGUGCGCAAUGCGGUCGGGAAGAGCGAGGAAAGCGUCACGCUCGACAUAAGCUACGGGCCGAGCUUCCGGGCGCCGCCCCAGUCGGUCGAGGCGGACCCGGACACGACCGUUACGCUCGGCUGCGACGUGGACGGCAAUCCCGCACCGGACGUGCUGUGGAUACACGAACCGUCCGACCAGGUCGUGUCGAGCGCGGCGAACGUAACGCUCGUCGUAACGCCGGCCACCGCCGGCCGGUACUACUGCAAGGCGAGCGUGCAGGGCUUCGCCGAGGUGGAGGCGGACGCGACGGUGUAUCUGCGCGGGCCGCCGGCCAUCAGCUCGCCGCGGCAGCAGUACGGAGCGGUGCACGACAGUGCGCAGCUCGAGUGCGUCGCCCUGUCGAUACCGAAGCCCCGGCACGUGCUGUGGUCGUUCAAUGGGCGCGAGAUCAACGUGAGCGCGGAGCCGAACGCGGCCGAGUACCGCGCACUGGACAGCCCGAUCCCGAACGGGGUGCGCUCGACGCUCAUCAUACACCACUGCCAGCGGGAACACUUCGGGCGGUACAACUGCACCGUGGUGAACGACUACGGUAUCGACUAUCUGGAAAUUGAAUUCGUCUCCAAAGAGCCAAAUCUGCUGCCCGUGAUCGUGCUCGGCUCGCUCGGAGGCAUCACCAUACUGAUCAUUCUCGUCGUCAUUGCGAUCUGCCUGUGCAGCCGUCGCAACAGAAAGAAGCAUCUGCCGCCGGCCGAUGUCAUACCGAAGUACGAUGUCCCGGGGAAGGAUUGCGGUGAGCACGGCGGCACGACGGUGAGCGACCACAAGAUCGACCGCAUCGACGACAUGCUGGACGGGGAGCAUCCGCGCGACACCAUCACCACCAACAUCGCGCUGAACGUGCGCUCGGGUGUGGCCGGCCCACAAACCGGCACUACAGCGAUCAGUUCGUCGCUUACGGCGCUCAAGGGUGACACCACCACCGAUUACAGCCGAUACUCGGGAGACUUUUCCGACUCGCUGAGCCACCUGCAGUGCCCGAAGGUGGGUGGUGGCCCGACCGGUACCAGCGGCAACAGCACCAGCAGCACCGGCAACAGCACCAGCAACAACAGCAACGGUUACGUCCCGUACGUUAACUACGCCCGGGACUACAGCCCGCCCACCCAGCACCUGAUGCAGUUUAAGGCGAGCAGCAGCAGCAACAGCAUCGGCAACGCGCUCACCGCCAAACCGCCGGCCCGGCCGCCGGCCAACGGUCAGCUGCCGACCGGCACGAUGACACUCACGCGAAAGCGCACGCCCGCCGCCCCGCCGGACGCUGGCGGCGCCCUGCCCAGCAUCCAGAGCAGCGUAUCGUCCAUCCCGAACGGGUUAAUGAACCAUCCCAUGCUCGGUUGCCACCUCGGGCUGGACACGCGGUUCGGCGCCAACUACGGGACGCUGCACGGGCGCGGCCCCAGCCCGAUGCAGCUGCCCCCGCCGGCGACGGCCAAUCCGGCCGCGACGCCGGCCCCACCACCGUACAGCGCCACGCGCAACCAGAACUGUCUGCUCGGGUUGGGGCUGCCGCCGGCGGCGGGCGGCCCCACCACCGGCACCAACUCGGCCGCCCUGCUAGCGACCGGCUCGAGCAGCCCGAGCUCGACCCAGUCCGGCUCGCUGUCGCUGGCCAGCUCGCAGCUCUCCCAGGCACCAUCGAUCGCGGGCGGUACGGUCGGGACGGGACAGGCCGCGGGAGGGAGAGAGCAGCAGCAGCAGCCCAACAGCCCGCCGGGACAGUUCAUUCUUCCUUCCAGCAACACCAUCAAACCGGGCGUACUGGCGACACACGUGUAAACCGAGCGAGCGAACGAACGAAAGAGAGAGAGAGAGCGAGAGAGAGAUCGGUCCCUCCUCUAGGCUGGAGCAGUGGGAAGGGGGAGGGAACCGCAUAGAUACUUGUCAAUUCAGUUUUAAACACAUUUCCCCUCAAAAAACAAUUCUCCUUGAUAUAGUAGGGUAGCUAAUCCUCGUAUAAUCUAAGAACUGAGCUUUACUUACAUCGAUUAUCGACACAACCGAGUCGAAGCAAACAGAAACACACUGUCACACACAUACGCAUAUACAUUGAACACUGCUAUUCUUCGCCGUCGCGUGCAAAUGAGAAUGGCGGAGAAUGUUUUUUCCCCCGCUUGUAAGGCAGGAGCGGUUCUCAUUCGCUGAGCCACCCACACAGCAAAAAGGGGAAAGGACAAUGGGACGUGGGAGACGAACAACAACACAACACAACACACAAACAAACACACACACACACACACACACACACACACACACACACACACACACACACACACACACACACACACACACACACACACACACACACACACACACACACACACACACACACACACACACACACACACACGCACACUCGCACACACACACACACACAAGCAAAGAGGCUUUGAAAGGUCAGAUAAGGUUGGCAAACGACGCCGGCCGAUAUUACAAAGCAGUGACGCCAAUAGUGAUACCAUUGCGUGUGAUUGUGAUUGUGAUGUGAUCCGAUGACGCUUCACGCUUCGUAACAUCGGCUGGCAAUCGUUUGUAAUAUCAAGAGAAUCGUCCCAACCUUGCCUUGUCUGGAGCAAACACUCUCACAGCCCAAUUGUACACCCCUCACUUCACGUGGCUUUGCUGUGUAUCAUUCUCAAUCAUACACACACACACACAUAUCCACAAGUGAAAGACUCACUUCUCAAGCCCCGAAACUUUCUAAUCUCGUGCAACCCAACACAUAUCCAAAAAAAAAAUGAAAAAAGAGAAGCAGACGAACAAAAAACGCUGAUAAGAUGUAGCCUCUGAUCUAUGGUACGACGCCUAAACCGCAGGUAAAGAUGGAAAGACAAACACAAAGAUUAUAGCAUUAGUUAAGAAACCCCUCUCGCCCUCGCCAGAAGGAAAGGGAGUGAACGGGGGGUAGCAUUGUUAAUAUUAAUAUAGUCCAAAAAUACUAACUAUAUAAAUAUAAAUAUAUAUAUCGUUAUCGUAAGCGCUUGAGCCCAACGUAAAGACUCUAUUAUCUGGAGAAGCUAGCCGUAACGCCGCAAAUUGCCAUCGCUUCUGUUCGUUCGAAACUCCGCCACUUUUGCCAUCCAUCGCAUCCAGCUUGUGCAUCUCAUGAAUCAGUGUGCCUGUAUGUUUGUUUGUCUGUGCGUAUGUGUGUGUGUGUGACGUGGUACGCUGAUUUUUUUUUUUUUUACGUUUCCAUAAUCCCCAGAACAAAUGAACGCAAAACCCGUGACAGGUGCAACGUUAUUUGUGUUACAUUACUUACUUAGCGUUAUGUUCGCACAAAAACUAACGCUUCAAACUACGAUUAACGCUCUUUCCUUGCUGGGGUUUUCAAGUCCGUUUCGAGUGCAAACAUUUUUUCCCACCACGUGCAAGAAGUUAUUCGACAUCCACUCUGAUAUUUCAUUUUCGUCAUAAUAGCUUUUGAUUUCUUCAGCAUGAUUUUCAACGCUUUAACAAGCAUGAAAAAACGGUAGUUCAAAGGACCGUUGAAGUGUUGCAAAUCAUGCAGAAGAAAUAAAAAAAAAACUACUGCAGGGUUUUCCAGUUCACUUCCGAAUGUGCACAUCAGAAUGAAAUUUCAGUUCUUAACGAUGAUUGUCAACGCACCACAAAACUGACACAUCAGCUGACAAACUCAAUCGAGCUUGAACCGUGUUGCAAAUUAUGUGGAAGAACUGAUUUAUUAUUGUGUUGCAAAUGCAAUAUUUGACAGCUGUUGAAAAACAUCUCGCAAGCAAUGAAUUGUUGUUGCGGGCAUUGGAAAUUGACUCGGAAAACUCUGCAUGAUGGAGAUAAAACAUCAGAGUAAUGUGGAAUACAGGGUUUUCCUAGUCAUGUGCGAAUGUGUACACAAUUAUUCACCGCCUUCAAGAUGUUUUUCAACAGCUGUCAAAUGGUGUAUUUGCUUCAUAAUUUCAUAAUGCAUAAUGCAUAAUUCAUAAUGCAGACAUAUUGAAACUAAUAAAUGAAAUGAAAUGAAAUAAUUAAAUGUUUUACACAUGGUUUUCAACACAUCAUAAAGAACUGUCAAACUUAAUCCAGCUUGAGAUGUGUUGAAAAUCAUGCUGAAGAAAAUAACAAUUAUUAUGAUAGAAAUGAAAUAUCAAGAUUGAUGUGGAUUAAGAUGUUGAACGCGGUGAAUAGACUUGGAAACCCCUGUAUCAUACUGACUAAAAAGGACUUUUUUUUUGGGGAAACCUCUCCCUGUUACGCUCCAUAUCACUGUCCAUAUCAUUGCUCACCUCAUGUUACCACGUUCCCUUCAAGCGCCAGUAAAAUUGGGCUUCGCUCGCAGCUAGCUAACUGUUUCACAACACAACGCAUAACACGGAAGCCAACAGGUACGAAGAAGGAAACCACCGUGCUAUUUUAAGAGAUUUCGCAGGCGUGCGACGGACCGCAGCGAAGCAGGAUUUCGCGAAGCGUCUCCAAAGCACUGUUUUGCUAAGUGGUUUACGCCGAACCCCGGUGCAUGGAGCAAAACUCGAACGAAACAUAUCCCAGCACCGCAGCAUGGCAAACACUGCACCUAGCAAAUCAUCCAUUUUGAUCGCCAGCUUCCUCUACGCCCGCUUAAACAUAUACGCUCCUCUGCCAACUGCACUGUUACUGUUGCCAGGUGUGACCGCGACGGCAGCAUUUUAGUAAAACGUACGAAACUCAUUCUACUACCCAUCCCUCCUGUAGACAUCCAUCUCUCUAUUACAUCUCCCUCCUCUUGAUCCGCUCCCUUGGACUCCACUCCCCGUCCCCUCCUGCUGGUUCAUAUAUUGCGGGAAAGGUGAUGCGCCCGCUUUGCCCAGUGGAGUCGUAUUGGAAGAGAUAGCUAGAGUGAAAAUUAUAGAAAAAUACGAGAAAGAGAGGGAGAAAGAGUAUUAUUAAAGAAACACACAUCGACACACACAACACUCUUGCGCAUACGCGUCACCAUUUACAUGUAUAAGCGAAGAUGUCUAGAUAACGAAGGAAUUAUAGAAGCUUGCUAAAUAUAAUUGCAAAACCAACCGAACGACACGAACAACCAAAACAAAACAACCACACGAAACAUGCAGACAAACAGCAACAACAACAACAGAAACAAAAAAAAUACGCAUUCUUACAAACUAGUGACAAAACGAGACACACGCGAAAAACAAUGGGCCGGCGAUGAAAGUAUAUCCACUUUUCGUAGUGAUAUAGCUAGAUAGAGUACAUUUUUAAAUUCACACGAAGAGAGAAGAAUAAAAAGAAGAAGAAGAAGAAGAAGAAAAAGAGGAAGAAGAAGAAGAAGAAGAAAAAGAAAAAGAAAAAGAAGAAGAAGAAGAAGAAGAAGAAGAAGAAGAAACACAAAGCAUUUCAACCCAACUUGCAAGAAAACAGUAGCAAAGAAAGAAGACGAAAAAAGAAGAAAAGUCACACACAGACAAAAAGAGAACAAAAAAGGAAAACAUAAAAACCAUAAAAUAGCAACAGGAAACAGCAACAACAACAAAAACAGGCGCAUUUGGUUUUAGAAUGCGGUUAAACAAACACACACACACACACACAUAAACACACCUCACACAAACAAAAACAAAAGUAAAGAAAAAAAAAACAUCCAGCAUAUCUAACUUAUUGCCAUUAUUGUGUAAAGGUUGAUUUUAUGUUUUCUCCUUCCGUCAUGCUAAAAGUGAAACCCGGAAAAAACAAAAUAAUUUUUUAUACAAAAGA